AUGUCGAUCCCCCCUCCUCCACCUUACGCGCCAGCAACUGGCAAAGUGACAGCUCGGCAGCGAGACGCAGCGAUGGAUGAGUUCAUUCAGCGCGUUCAGAAUGGAGAAGAAGACGUCGAAGUCCUGGUGGCGAGAGAUGUACCGUCACGGAAGUGGCGAGGCGGAUUGCACUACCGAGUCGACUGUUUUAGCGCUGUGAUGAUCGAAGCUCGGUACUCGGCCUCGGGCAGGAAGGUGGACUUGUACAUGACCAAAGUGCGGUCAGAUCCGCACAAUUUCGUGGUCACAAAUGUGAACUGCCAACUCGCGCGCUAUGACGAGGCGAACGGCAAGAUGCUGUUUGUCGGAGGUGGAAACAUGGAGCUGGUCGUGCCCGCUACACAACAGCGAAUCGUGGAAUUCCACAACCGAAGCCUGGAAGCGAGUGAUCGCUACACUCGAGAAUUCUUCGAGUUGAUCCCACAAGUCCGAGCUGCGCUGCUGUUCAAGUUCUUCCGACGUGAACCCAGAGGAGCGCCGUUCGCAUGUGUAGCCAUUCUAUACCGUCGCAACGACCAAGGUGAGGUUUUGAUCGCCGACGCCGUGAGCUUCGGGAGCGCUCCGCUUGGUGCUGAUGCCCAAGAUUUCAUUGGCCACGAAUCGCUGCGGACAUUGCCCUUCGCCCCCGGGCAAGUUCGAGUUCUCCAAAGUCCCUGGAAUGCUGAUGAUCGCGGUUUCGUGCAGAUUAUUGCGGCGGAUAUUUUAGCGGGCGCUGGUGAAGUUAACGCUAUUGGGGCACCGGCCGACCCAGCAGCGUUUCGUGAUGCGCAGAUCGACCUUUGGGGCCUCUACGACCGGCUUGAGUGGUCUGCAGAUUUUAACUUCGAGCACUAUGAAGUGUAA